UCCAGCUUCCAGAUUUGACAAUUCAAGAAACUGGUGACUAAUCUCUUCAUUUUUGUCCAACAUAGAUGGAAAAACCGGUAGAUAGAAGGUAGACGGAAAUGAAUCGCCACCUUCUAGGCGCCGAGUACUUACUACACCUUGCUGGCGAUAAACCCUUGCGAAUGUGUUCAUUUUAAAGUAAUUCACGAACGCUUGACUACAAAAUAUCGCUUGGCCAAAAAAAAGUUCAAAUGAAAAAGACACAAUCCGGUCAGGAGUGUGUACUAAACUUGGAACAUCGCGGACAUAUUCCGGAACCAAUUUGGGCAAGUAGUGGGGAAUUCUGGGAGUUGCAUGCCUGACCAGGAAACAUGGUUUCCCCGAUUUUGCAAGUCUGAACACCGCUCAACCACAUUUUGUUGGGAGGCCCAGUGCGUGGCAUCUGCUUGUAUACAGUGAUGUGGCAGAAUUGUCAUUGGCUGUUGCAUAGGGUCACUUGUUUAAUUGACUCUUGUAAUCUACCACAUCGGUAAAUAUACAGUCGUAAACCGAUCGGCAUACCUGGUAUCGCUCGACCAACCAACAUGCUAUUAGUAGUAGCUUCCCAAUUAGAGGGAAGUCCUCGUCUUUAAUGUCCCUAUUGAAGCCAAGAGGAGAUUGCUUAUAUAAAUGCGUGGCUAAGAGAUUAUUUUGCUCUCUCCAGCUCCUUUGAUGGAGAAGCAAAGAGUUUUGCUUUUCUUCUGUCUCCUUCUCCCCUGCUCUUCUUCUUUCCUUCCUUGGGUCUCUUCUUCAGAAGGUGGCCUAGAGAAUGUGUCUCCGAAACGGCUGUUCGUUUUCGGGGACUCCUACGCCGACACCGGAAACACCGAGAAAUCGAGUGGCGCGUGGCAUCUGCCUUACGGGGCCACUUUCCCUGGGGAACCGUCCGGCCGCUUUUCGGAUGGCCUUGUAUUGACUGAUUACGUCGCAUCAUUUUUGGGAAUAAAGUCUCCUCAGCCUUACAGUUGGAGAAACGACGCAAACCAAACUCUGCUGCAACAUGGAAUGAACUUUGCGUAUGGAGGGACAGGCGUGUUCGACACCAUGGCCAGAGAACCUAACAUGACCACCCAAAUCGACUAUUUCCAAAGCUUAGUUGAACAGAAUGUCUACACCAAACAUGACCUCAGUUCCUCCGUCGCUCUGGUCUCGCUUGCCGGGAACGAUUAUGCUGCUUUUGCUAUGAAGAAUGCCAACCAAGAGGAGGAGCUACCGUCUUUCAUUACAUCGGUCAUCGACCAGCUUGUCCACGACCUGAAGCGCAUCAAAGGCUUAGGAGUCGGUAAGAUAGCGGUCACAGCAUUGGAGCCACUGGGGUGUUUGCCUCAGCUCACUGCUGUCUCUUCGUUCAAGAAUUGCAGCUCAAAUUGGAACUCCAUAUCUCGGCUUCACAACCACAAGUUGCACCGAUCUCUGCAAGAGCUGAAGAAGAACGAGAGCGUGACGGGGUCAUCGUCGUCGUGGUCGUCCGCUCUUGUGGUCUUGGACCUCCACAGUGCUUUUGUCUCUGCUCUCAGUAUGCUACGACACCAAUCGGGCAACUCAAGUGAGAAUCCAUUGAAGCCAUGCUGUGUUGGUGCGACAGAGGGUUACUCAUGUGGCAACGUAGGCGACAAAGGGGUGAAGAACUACGUGUUAUGCGACCAUCCAGAGACGUCGUUUUUCUGGGACAACAUCCACCCUUCUCAGAAUGGUUGGCGCACUGUUUAUUCUUUCCUGCGUUCUUCUCUCUGCCAUCUUUUGUAACGGUAGAAGACAUUAUAUAUGCAUAUAUAUGAGUAAUCAUCUAUCAAUUAACCCACACCAAAAUAUCAGCCAAUUUCUGGAUUGAACGGCCAGUAUGAUUGAUGUACGAAAUCAAGUACCAAGUGUUUCAAGCUUUUGUGCUGCUUAUUAGACCUUUGGAUCAACUACUUUUGGCCAGAAACCCAUGCAUACUAUUGAAAAGCUUUGAACUCCCAUUGCAUGAGUAAUACUAGUGAACAAAGAAUCAUUUGUUCAAUUAUAUAAUUGCUUUCCCUUGGAUGCAAUUGGAAAGCAUUAUUAUUUGGGGACAUUGAUGUAAGAAUAUACUUAAUUUCUUGUUUGUUUGAUGCGAAAUAAUCACGAUCUUUGUAUGUA